AUGGUUGUUCGAUCGCCAACGUACAUAGUACCACUUGAAUACAUCUGCGACAAGCGCAGUCUCGGCGCGUACGACCUGGGCGUGGAACUAGGCGAUAAGCUCUUCCAGACCACGCCCACGGCUGUCGACAGCCAGCUGGGACGUGGUCUCUUCGGGCUGCUCGCGUCGCAGGAGCCAGAGCGGUACCGGGCCCUCGCUGCGGCGGGAUUCCCCGUCAUCGAUAGCUCCCAUGCGGAUGCGGACCUCCUGCACAAUCUCGUGGAGCGGGCCGGUGGCCACUACGUCGAUACUGGAGGCGUAAACCUGAUUGCAGAGGGCAAGAGCAGCGUGAAGGCGAAUGUGGAGCCCGUUGCGUACACAGAGUCUGGACUAAAACUCAGUGACGGCUCAGAGCUGGAGACGGAUGCCGUGAUCUGGUGCACGGGGUUCGCUGACAAGGACGUGCGGGAGACCUCUGCUGAGAUCUUGGGCGGGAACGAUGAAGCCCGUGAUAUUGCAUCCCGGCUGGACGCCACAUGGGGACUUGAUGCUGAGGGUGAGAUCCGGGGCACGUGGAAGCGGCAUCUCAAUGUUGAGAAGUUUUGGGUCAUGGGUGGUUUCACGUCGCAGCACCGCUGGCACUCACGUACUCUGUCGCUCCAGAUCAAGGCUGCGAUUGGGGGUAUCCUGCCAGCGGCGUACCGUGCGACGCCAAAGCUCUCAGCCUGA